UUUGCCGUUUGGUUUCUGCGCGCGCAUGUCUCGUUCCCUCGCAAUAGCAUAAAUUUUCGAAGUCUGCGCUUCGUAGGAUAAUGGCUUCGAUUACAAAUUCGAAGCCCGCAGAAGUGAACGGUGAAUGUCCGUGUAACUCGAGUAAGAGAUAUAAAAUGGAAAAUAACAAUAAAGUGACUGUUGUCUUGGGUGCUCAGUGGGGUGAUGAGGGAAAAGGAAAAGUGGUGGAUCUUCUUGCUGUAAACUCGGACAUCGUGUGCCGCUGUCAGGGAGGAAACAAUGCAGGCCAUACCGUAGUGGUGGAUGGCAAAGAGUUUGACUUCCAUCUGCUUCCCAGCGGCAUCAUCAACAAGAAAUGUGUCUCAGUUAUAGGCAACGGCGUGGUCAUUCACCUGCCGGGACUGUUCGAGGAGCUGAAGAAGAACGAGCUCAAAGGAAUGGAAGGUUGGGAGAAACGGCUCAUCAUCUCCGACAGAGCACACAUAGUAUUCGAUUUCCAUCAACUGGUCGAUGGUCUCCAGGAAGCUGAGAAAGGGAAGAACUCGCUCGGCACGACUAAGAAGGGCAUCGGCCCGACCUACUCGUCGAAAGCCACUCGUAACGGUAUAAGGAUAGGCGAUCUGCUCGGCGACUACAGUAUUUUUGAGGAUAAAUUCCGCACGUUAGCAGCGAACUACAAGAGAAUGUUUCCGUCUCUUGAGUUGGACAUCGAGACCGAACUGGCCAGGUACGGCGACUACGCGGCAAAGAUAAGGCCGAUGGUCAGGGAUACAGUGUCGUAUCUACACACGGAAAUACAGAACGGGAAGAAAGUUUUAGUCGAGGGUGCCAAUGCCGCCAUGUUGGAUAUUGAUUUCGGCACCUAUCCCUACGUGACGUCAUCGAAUUGCAGUAUCGGCGGAGUUUGUACCGGCCUCGGUCUCCCGCCCAAGCUAAUCGGCGACGUACUCGGAGUCGUCAAGGCUUACACCACUCGGGUUGGAGAUGGACCAUUCCCUACAGAAUUACACGAUGAGACGGGCGAGCUGCUGCAGUCGCGCGGGCACGAGGUGGGCGUGACGACGCGGCGCGUGCGGCGCUGCGGCUGGCUCGACCUGGUCGUCGUGCGCUACACCGCCACCGUCAACGGGUACACCUCAUUAUGUCUAACGAAACUCGACAUUUUGGACACGUUGAAAGAAAUUAAAGUUGGUGUCGCGUACAAAUUGAAUGGAAAGAAGAUCGAUUACUUCCCGUCGUCGAUGCCCGAACUGAGUAAUGUUGAGGUAGAAUAUUUAACACUGCCGGGCUGGGCGUGCAGCACCGAGGAUGUUAGAGAGAUGUCUAAAUUACCGGAAGCGGCGAGAACCUACGUCAGAACCAUUGAGGACUACCUACAAAUACCGGUGAAAUACAUCGGUGUGGGCCAAGGCCGCGAGUCCAUCAUCAACGCGGAUUAACAGCGGAACCAUUCGCGUGGUUUAGAAAAUUGUUGUGUUUCGUCACGUGUGUAGCAGAUCUCUCGACUUUCUGGAGCGUUUGACUAUUUCAUAUUACUAUAAAUAUAAAAUACAAGUAGAUUUAAAAUUUAAUUUAUAUCGUUUCUACAUGUUAGAUGAAACCAGAUUUUUAUGAACAAGAAUCAACGCAUUUACGGGCCUUUAAAAUACAAACUAUGUAUAUUUGUUAUAUUAUUAAGUUGUAUAUGGAGUGGGACUUUUUAUCAGAUUCAGAUGAUUGAUCAAUCUCGAUUUAAUUUAUAUAAUUGAAUUUUAAAUUUUAGAAUUUUUCGACAACCGUCGCUUGUCGUUAUAAAAAUGCUAGCUGUCACUUAUCGAAAGGACAAUAAGUUUUUUUAAUUAAUGAGUCAAAUUCAAUUUUAUACGGCCUUAGUUAUAAAAAAUGCUUAGCGGCUGUUUAAAUAUACAAUGAUUUCGCUCUUUCUGUCAUUGUUCAUUUGACAUUCGCAAGAAGAAGACAGAGCAUUGUUUAAAUAAUCACCCGCUAAAAAACGUUAAAUAAAUUAUAUGUAUGAUUCACCGUCACCCAUUUACUUCUGCAUAUUAACUAUGUGAUAAAAAAAGUAAAAUACAAUUCAUUCCAUUUGCUGACUAAAACGAAUUUAAAAUGUUAUGUUAUUGGGGUGAGAUGGAAUAUCGAAAUUAUUUAUAAUUGCAUAUUUAAACCCACUCAUACUAUCAAAUAAAAGUUGAUAUGUGAUUAAUGCUGUGAAAAAAAUAUUUCUAAAAUUACGCAAUUAUUAAUUAACUAAAUAUAUUUAAUAUAUAAAUAGUCAAACGCUCAAAAAUUUUUAAUUAAAUUGUCAAUUUUUCGAUAAUUUCGGAAAUGAAAUGCAGUUUUAGAUAAAGAAAACAUAGGUGCCGAUUUUACUAUCACGUAGAAGCAGUAUUUUAUAUUUUAAAAUAAACACGCUACGCAAGAACAAUUCUCUAGGAUAUCCGAAAUAUAUCGCGUAUUAUAUAUAAUAAUAUACAAUAUGUUUCUAUAGAACUUGUAAGAUUUAUAAAACAAAUACAUGCCUAUUAACAGUGAAAUAGUUGGCGAUUGCUAUGUUUGCAAUUUGUCAGAGAGUCAACAAGAAUAUGCAUACAUGUUUGUAUGGUUGACAAAUUAGUUGAUUAAGUAUGCAUAACAAAAGUUGCCAUUUUUUCCUUGUUUGAGGUGCAACGUAAAUUGACCGUAUGUUCUCGUGAUACUAUUAUUAACGAUUCCGGUUAACUUCUUCGUGAUGGAGACAGUUGCCUUCUCAAAAUAUUGUCAAACCAUUCGAGAUAAAUAAAAUAAAUAAAAAUUGAAUUUUUAAUAAUAAUAUUAAAAAUUUACUAUGUAAGUAUUUAAAACUAUAAUGUUUAAUUAAAAAUGUUUUUCUUUUUUUUAUAUUAAAUCAUAUUUGUUGUAUUUUCUACAAGUUCUAUAGACAUUAAUAAUAUACACAUAAUCAUUUUAGACAAAUUUAUGUUAAAGGGCCUUGUCCAGUCUUCAUUCAGAAAAUCUUGCUUGUACUUUAUAUGCAAUAAAUUAAUUAAUAUUCGUAUCGACAAUAAUAAUAAAUAGCUUCCCUUCAAAUUCCAUUUAGAUAUUUAGUCUGUGCAUUGACAAAAAAAUAUCGUGUAAAUGUUGCUACCUUUAAUUAUAUUUUUUACCAAGGAAUGAUAUAUUUCUUUAAAUAUAAUUUCAUUAUAAAAAAGAUCUUAUAUCCAUUCUCUUAUGGUAUAUGCACAGACUAAAAAUAUUUUCAGAUUUAUUUUUAUUAUUCUCUGCAUUAUUAAUAAUAAAUAUAAAAAGCUUACUGUUUUGUAAUAUCUAAAGAUAGGUAAUAUAGACAAAAAAUGGCCUCCUUUUUUAAAUUAAAAAUAAUUCCACCGCUACAAAUAGGAAAUAUAAAUUAAGUAAUGAAAUCACUACGCGAAAUAUUGGUGCUUCAUACAAAAUAAUACACGGUAAGGAAAUAAGUAGAAUAAUAUUUUUAACUGCAAACAAGUUCAGAUGCUGGAGUUUUUUAUGAUAUGUGGCUGGCAUGGUUCCUAAUAGCUGUUUUUAUAUAAACAAAACGACUGUUGACGGUCUUUAUUAAAAUAUAGUAUUCAAUAAUUAUAUUAAAAUUCAAAUAAGCCUUCCGUAUUUGAAAUAGCAUAGUGGUAUUAGAAUUUUACAAAAUAACAAAUAAUAAUAACAAACUUAGCGAUAAUAACAUCGAGCACAAACAUACAGACAGAUGUUUGUAGUGAAUAAAUUAUAGUUAUUUUUGUGCUUACCUUGAUACUAAUUCAAUUUCCAUAGACAUUUAAAGAACUAGACUGAUUUUUAAUUAAAAUAAAACAACUACUAAGACAUGAAAAUUUUACAGUUUAUGGUAUUUAUUCAUAAAAAUGGUAUACGUAUAAUUCAAUGGCAUGUGGAUAAAAAAGAUAAAAAAGGGUCAUUUUGAAUGAGCUAAUUUAAUAUUAUAUCAGUUUCACUAAAAAAUAAAGUCUUCGCUUCGCUUCGUAUUAAAAUAUCGGACUAGUAGAAUAUCGUGCUUGAGAAUUUAAUAAUCAUGUCUAGUUCUUUAAAAUGUAUGAAAAUUUAUUGUUUUUGAGUUAAAUCAUUUUUUUUAUAUUCGAGUAAUGUGUUGAGAAGCGUUUUGUUGUAAUUAUAUAUUUCUUUCUACUUUUUUUUUUAAAUAACAUUCAUCAUGUUUUAGAUUAAUUAUAUUGUAAUUCUUUAUAUCUUACGACGCUUAUGAACAUAAGACAUUUUUAACAAUUGAUUUUUAUAUAUAUUUCUCCCAUUCCAAAGAUCUUUUUUAAAAAAAAAAUCGUACUUACUGUAUUGAAAAAUCAACGUCGCUUUUUUAAAACGAUUGACUUGUGUUUUAUGUGAUAUCUGUAUUUCUAAUGUAAAUACUUCAAUGGUUACUAUUAUGCCAAUAAAUAAUGGUUUAUUCUUUUA